AUGGUGUUCAUCUCGCUAGAAGACGUCAUCGGCACCAAAAGUUCCGUUUGUGCGGACAACUGCACCACGAAGCGAUUUCCAGAGAAUACCACCCGUGUGGUAGUAACUCCAGGUUCACCAGCCAAACCACAUGACACUCUGCUUGCAUAUGCUGGACUCUUCUCGAGUCAGAGGCCGUCAUCGCUAGUGUACUUUGUGCUGUACGUCUCGGACAGCGUCAUGCGUCACAAGUGGGUGCUCAAGAAGACUUCAAAUGAUCACGCGCAAUUGCGCAAGAGCAUCCAGCGAGUUGGAGGCGGUUGCAGAGAUCCUGCGUGCUGUGGCCAUGUGCAGCGCCUCUCUUGGAACGUCGGUACACGUCUAUUAUGGGGCUUUGGCAAUACUGGUAAACCGUACGACCAGUGUAAUGCGUUUCAGACGUAUGUGAAUGACUUAGUGCAAGCCGUUCUAGGACACGACAAUCAAUGCCAGACCAUGAAGCGGACGCGACACCUUCUUGAGGAUUUUCUCGACAUCAAAUACCACCGCGCUAACGCGAUUGAUCGCGUCUUUCAAUACAAAAAUCUAGCAGCUUCGCCGACGGUAGUGCCAGUGGAGCCGUGCCCAGCCGGCCAAGACUGUGGAGACACUGUUGAUGACAGCUCCGAGUGCCCGAUCUGCUGCGGCGAUUUGGCUGACGAUAAGACGUUACGUCUACCGUGUAACCACAACUACCACGCAGGAUGCGUGCUUGUGUGGUUAAAUAUUCAACACGCGUGCCCCGUGUGUCGAUUGUAUCUCGACGAUAGAGUCGUGUGGAACGAGCCCGUUAGUUGA